AUGGCUUGCCCCGGGCCUGUCGACUGCAGCGGUCUCACCGUCAUUGCCAAGGACUACAAGGGCUUGUUGGAUCAGCCCGCAGCCCCUAAGUUCAAGGGUGCUUUGUGCCAAAUCUUUGUUCGCAGCCAGCCUUAUGGAGGCUCCGACAAGAGCAACAACGGCCACAGGUAUGACACGAUCCCUAUGGCCAACGGCAUGAUUAAUGCGGGCAUGAGCUGUCAGCUCAUCCAUUAUGUUCACGAGGAGCAUGACAAGUUCUUCGAGGUUUGUAAAAACUUUGAUUUCAUCAUCGUUCGAUGCAACCCCGGCCAGAUCAAGGCUGAUGGCGGUGACCAGAACAAGUUCGACGAUGGCAUGCGGGGUAUCCGCAAGCUGGGUAUCCAGGUCUGGCCAUCUCCCGACGUCAUGGAGAAGAUGGGAGCAAAGGAUGCUCUUUGCAAGGUGGCAACCAUGAACAUUGGCCUGGAAGACACUCUUGCCUACUAUUCCCCUGAGGAGUUUGCGGCAGGCUUCAAGAAGACCAUGGCAUUCCAACCACGUGUGAUCAAGCAGAACCGUGGCUCAUCAGGCGAAGGAAUCUGGAUCAUCAAGCUGAAGGAGGGCAACUACUGUGCUUCUUAUGGCGAGAGAUCCUGCGAGGAUGGUGAGAAGCUUUUGCUGAUGGAGGCCAAUGACAACCACGAGGAAGAACACACCGUGGGUGAGUUUAUCGAAUUCUGCGUGAACGGCCGAACUUCCAAGUCCGGUGAAUGGACAUCCAAGGGUGUUGGCAAGUACUUGGAGGGUGGCAAGGAGGCCGGCGGCCAGCUUGUGGAUCAGCGUUUCUGCCCUCGUAUUGUGGAAGGUGAGCUCCGGUACAACCUGGUGGGAGAUGCUUUGGUUGGCAUCAUUCACAAGAAGCCCAAGGAGGGAGGAAUCUCCGCAGUUGGUGGAACUGGUUCCGUCUACACGUACUAUGGCCCAGAGGAGCCACUUUUCGCGGCUCUCACCAACAACUUCCUGAAGAAGGACUUGCAGCACGUCAUGCCAGCUCUUGGGUUGGCUGAUGAGCCUUUGCCGCUGUGGUGGACCACUGACUUCAUCAAUUCUUCUCCGCCCGGAACAAAGCCGGAGGAUGAGAAGUGGAUCGUUGGUGAGUUUAACUGCUCGUGCGUUGGGAUCAGCCGCUGCUUGGCUGCCUACUGCAAGGACGACACCCCCACUGCCGGCUGGGAUGACAUCACUGAGGAAGACAAGGCAGAGGCCAAGAGAUAUGGAGAUCUUAUGGGGGAAAAGGACUACAAGGGCUUGUUGGAUCAGCCCGCAGCCCCUAAGUUCAAGGGUGCUUUGUGCCAAAUCUUUGUUCGCAGCCAGCCUUAUGGAGGCUCCGACAAGAGCAACAACGGCCACAGGUAUGACACGAUCCCUAUGGCCAACGGCAUGAUUAAUGCGGGCAUGAGCUGUCAGCUCAUCCAUUAUGUUCACGAGGAGCAUGACAAGUUCUUCGAGGUUUGUAAAAACUUUGAUUUCAUCAUCGUUCGAUGCAACCCCGGCCAGAUCAAGGCUGAUGGCGGUGACCAGAACAAGUUCGAUGAUGGCAUGCGGGGUAUCCGCAAGCUGGGUAUCCAGGUCUGGCCAUCUCCCGAUGUCAUGGAGAAGAUGGGAGCAAAGGAUGCUCUUUGCAAGGUGGCAACCAUGAACAUUGGCCUGGAAGACACUCUUGCCUACUAUUCCCCUGAGGAGUUUGCGGCAGGCUUCAAGAAGACCAUGGCAUUCCAGCCACGUGUGAUCAAGCAGAACCGUGGCUCAUCAGGUGAAGGAAUCUGGAUCAUCAAGCUGAAGGAGGGCAACUACUGUGCUUCUUAUGGCGAGAGAUCCUGCGAGGAUGGUGAGAAGCUCCUGCUGAUGGAGGCCAACGACAACCACGAGGAAGAACACACCGUGGGUGAGUUUAUCGAAUUCUGCGUGAACGGCCGAACUUCCAAGUCCGGUGAAUGGACAUCCAAGGGUGUUGGCAAGUACUUGGAGGGUGGCAAGGAGGCCGGCGGCCAGCUUGUGGAUCAGCGUUUCUGCCCUCGUAUUGUGGAAGGUGAGCUCCGAUACAACCUGGUGGGAGAUGCUUUGGUUGGCAUCAUUCACAAGAAGCCCAAGGAGGGAGGAAUCUCCGCAGUUGGUGGAACUGGUUCCGUCUACACGUACUAUGGCCCAGAGGAGCCACUUUUCGCGGCUCUCACCAACAACUUCCUGAAGAAGGACUUGCAGCACGUCAUGCCAGCUCUUGGGUUGGCUGAUGAGCCUUUGCCGCUGUGGUGGACCACUGACUUCAUCAAUUCUUCUCCGCCCGGAACAAAGCCGGAGGAUGAGAAGUGGAUCGUUGGUGAGUUUAACUGCUCGUGCGUUGGGAUCAGCCGCUGCUUGGCUGCCUACUGCAAGGACGACACCCCCACUGCCGGCUGGGAUGACAUCACUGAGGAAGACAAGGCAGAGGCCAAGAGAUAUGGAGAUCUUAUGGGGGAAAAGGCCCUUGGCAUCUUGUCAAAGAAGUGA